GGCAUAAAAAAUUUAUUAGGAUUUGGCGCUUAACAGAGAUUAGCUUAUUUUAAAAGAAAUUUCUUGGUAAUUGAAAAGUAAAGAAUCAAUCUAGCUACCCGACAAUUGUACUGUAUUCUCUAUAGUUUUGAAUAUUUAAAUGAUAUAUUUAUUACAAAAUUGUAAAAUUUGACUCCAAACAGACCCAAAAAGUACCGUUCUGAUAUGCCCUUCAAGUUCAAUAUUUACAUAUCGAACGAUCUUGAAAAUCACAUUCCAUCCAGCAAGCCAAACAGCCAUGAAUUAUUCAAUAAACCUAGAGGUAAAUUUAUAAAAAUGGCAAUUUGAUUAGGCACACUUAUAGGAAACUUCUUCAAGAAAGCAGAAAUCCAAUCAAAACAAACGGAAUGAUAUUUAUUUUUGGUGGAAUACAAAGUACGGGAGUGACACUCUCGUUUAUCAUUUAUUUAUUGUUAUUGAUUUUUGACAUUUUAUCAUUGAAUUAUGUAUAAAAGGGGGUAGAAGGCGCCAGAGCGAUAAAAAUGGGAAUGACAAAAACAAUAACAGUGCGAAGAAACAAAAGUAGAUACACAAGUGCUCUACCAAACAAAACCGAAAGAUUUGAAGCCCUCUCUUACUGUAUCGAUAUGGAUCGGUCGUUUCAUUGAACGAAUAUUGGCCCAAUUGCGUGUGUUUUCAGUUUAGGUGGUGUGGUAAAGUUUGUUACAAAAAUGCGACCCAUCAAAGCAAGUCUAUUACAAUCUCUUCCCGAUCGUGAUCGAAGGUUAUCAAUUAUUUUCGAUAUUGACGUCACUAUCGCAGACUUUGUAGGUGAAGCGCAUUUAAUUGAACGUAAUUUAAAAUAGAUAUAAGUUGUUGCUUUCGUCGUUCUGGCUUUAUUCUUCGGCUAUCAGGUCGCAGCGAUCUAUAUGACAGCAAGCAGACGGGGCAAUUAUUCAUAUGCCUGGUUCUGUGUGCGUGACAGUACUCGUUUGUUUGAGAAGCGCAUAGAAGGGCGCUGAAAAUGUCAGGGAAGUGUGCGUGUUGAAUCGAUGGGAACACAUAGUUCGAAUACCUUGAAGCAGAUUAUUUAUCUAGAUAGAAGCUUCUACGCAUAAGAGACGAGAAAGAAGGUAGCCGUGUCACAUUUACAACAUUUAUAACUGCUUUCCUUGUAUUUCCCCGAAUAUAGAUUUGCAAGACCCGCAAAAAUAACUCAACCCCAACUAGUACGGAACGAAUUCAUUCUGAAUCUGGAGUCUAGUAAGAGUUGUAUAUAUAUAUACAUAUAUCUUAAUGCUUACCUAGUCAAUAAUAAUUGGCCAUGUGCAGCGAACACCUUGCUUUCUUCGUUUUGGAUAUUUAUUUAUUUGUUGCUUUGCACUGCGGGUUUAUUGACCCCACCGGAUAGUGGUAACUUUUUUAUCGUUCUUGGGUCAGCAAAAAAUCGCAAAAAAAACGAGACAUGAGACGGUGGGGCGUUGGGGAAGGUAUCCAGGUUCCAAAGGUUACAAAAAUUCAAUGCAAAUUACCUAAGCACAUAUCCGCCUUAAAAGUAAAUGGGUCGGGGCUCAUUAGCGGAGAUCUCUGGCGACGACGAUGAUCAUUAUGGUUUCGGAUGCGAUUAUGAUGAUUUUAUAGGGGAGCAGCAGCAGAAGUGCUACUGCCCACUUACGUCACCGGUCGGGCCACAGAUACAGAUACACAGAAACACGGAUAGAGAUACAGACACAGCGAUGUGGAGAUACGGAUACUUUGAAGCUGCGAACGAGGCGAUCCAUAUUUCUUUUUGAUUGAUCUACAGCCGAAGGCCGGCAUGCAAAAAUGCAAUUCAGGCAUGGAAGCUGAGGAGCAGCUCACAAAAACCAGAUACAGAUACGGGAGAAAAUAAAUUCCAGUGCAAUUAGCAGUCGCUUAUUUUUGCUUUUCCUUUUUUUUCUGACACGCUCGUUGACAUGCAAAGUUACUUAAACCAAACAAAACGAACAUUACACGACAAAAUACUAAAAUAACAAAAAUCAAGAGGAGGAGGUCGACGUUUACUUUUAACUACUAUCUAAAAUGUCGUCUUUUUCGAAAGUGGGGGUACGACAGACCCCAAGAUGUUGGCCAUUACAAGCGACAAAGACCAAACAGUUGAUGGAGUAAUUACAGACCUUUCAGGUUUGCUUCAAGCGAAAAACGCACGAGAAACUAUUUAUUUUUGACAUUUUCCGCUUAUUUCUACUAUGCCCAUUCACGUCAAUCACCGUGAACAUUGAAAAAGUGUCUCUUUGAUAAUUUGCUGAUGGCGACUCUAAUUCUCCGCGGGGAAUUAUAAUAUUUUCGUACAUUUUAUGACAUUUUAAGCGAAUUUUUUGUCAUUAAGGCGGUCAUAAAGCGGCGAUGUUAGUAACCCGUAAACCAGGAAGACACCGAUUCGGUUAGCCGUGAUUUACUAGCCAUGAAUCACAGGGAUGAAUGAGUCACGGACAAGUGGCGAUUAAAUCUUGGAAAAUCACUUCUACAAAAUGAAUAAGAUGGACCAUUUUUCAGAGGUAAAGAACAGAUAAAGUUCAUAAAAUGGUACCAAUUGGCAUUAUUUUCCAAAGUAAAGCCUUUGCGAACUGGUUUUUUGAAAACAAAAAACAAUCCACCGAGCCCAUUGAAUAAAACAUAAGCUGAAUUAUUACUAGGGGAGCCUCUCAAUCAAAUUUAAUUUAUAACAAAAAAUGUGUCUAUCAAAUGGAAAAUCAGCCUAGCGUGUAUGAUUUAUUAAAAAAUAAAUCCCAUUUAAAUUCAGCUUAUUCCCGUGCUAAUUAUUUUAAUAACCUAACUGUGGUUGUCGCACUGCCAUUGACUUUUGCGAUCGUAAACAAAACGCUUUCAAAAUUAAAAUAAACUAUGACAGAUGUGAUUUAAUCGCACCCGAAUUAAACCGACAAAUGUGACAUCAGACCUGCGUUAAUCAGUACUACUAUGUAUUUCUUCUUUUAUUUGUUUUAUUUGCUUUGUGAAAACUUCCUUCACUCUAACAGAACAAAAAGCAAUCAAUCUUUUUGCGAACCUCUCUCACACGUCCUAAGUAAGCGUAAUUUAUGCGAUUUCAUUUAAUCGCCAGCAUGUAGAGCAAAUAAUCGUUCGUCACUCCAGAUUUGGCUGCUUUCCGCAUAGCUACCAAUUAAGAGAGUUCAGUUCAGUUCACUUCACGGUUAGCAUUACCCACUACAUACUACCCAUUAACCAUUAACCAUUUACCAUUUACCAUUAUGUUGCUUCAUUCUGCUUCCACCAUUGGAUACAUGCCCCCCAAGGUCUAUGAAGUGGCCAACUAAUGCGCUAGAAUCGCGUAAACAAAACAUUUCGUACGCUCAACGCUUUCUAUUUUUUGUCUACUCCAUUUUUUGGUCCCGUUUAAGCCGGCGGCGACAGGCGUAGUAAGCCUUAUCUUAAUUAUAGAUCAAUUAUGGUAGUGGGUCUGCCUACCAUACACCACCAGCCAAAUGUAUUUCCAAGCGCACAUCAUUAAUUAUAAGUGCAAACUGAAGUCAGCCAUAUGGGAAAGCUGAAGGGCAAGCGCCAAAUGCCAAAUGCAAAAUGCCAAAUGGAACUCAGAAUUAACUAAUGCGAAUCGCAACUAAAAGUCGCUUUCUUCCUGAUGAGUUAUGGGCUGUUUACAAAUAUUUGGACCAAUUUGUUGGACAAGUACCACUGUUUAUUGAAUCAAAGCCAGCAGGAAUGCAUUUAAAUACAUUUUUAAUAAGUAAAAUAAACAAACCAGCACGGCGAUAUAGCCGCAACUCGACUUCACACAUUAUUUCAUAUGCAAAAUGAAAACAAGCGAUGGGGGUAUGGAUGUCCCGCGGUGAUUAUUUCGCAUUAUUUUCUACAAAUUGCACAAUUACAAUUAAAGUAUACGGCCUGGCGUAAAAUGACUGAUUAAUGUCAGUGCCCCACCCCCACACUUCCGAAGUGCACCCUUCAACCCACAAAAAACAUAUAAUGCCAAAUGAGAGCUGGCGAACAGAUGUGCGCCGAUAUUGAAUUUAUAUGUUUCCUAUACAAAAUAAUAAUAAUAAUUAUUUUUAAUAAUUACUGCUCUGGGGCCGCAAUGUGUGCCAUUCGAUGGCCAUCGUUAGUAUGAUGACUGACGCCUUUCGGAGGGGAUUACUAGUAUUAUGCUGUCUGGUUUUGCCGAUUCUACGGCAGCCAACUAUGGCAACCCGCGAUUUCGAGAUACGUUGGCGGGACAUCAACUGUUCGGUCAUUGACCCCACUACUGCGGAGGUCUUCAAGUGCGAUAUUGUGGAAAUGCCGAAGAAGCAGGGAAAUUUCCUGAACACCUUGCUGCGACUGCGCCGAUCUAUCCCAAAAAUGUGGGUGGAGCUGAGUGUGGGCCAGCUCGCCAAUCGAAAGGACCGUAUCCUGCAGCAACUUUUUAAAAUUCGAGUGGAUGGCUGUCACCUGAUAGCAUUUCGCAGCAAGAACCGAGUUCUGAAUGCCGUGCUCCAAAAACUCUUGCAAUCGGGAAAUUAUCCAGAUGCCUGUCCCCUAUUGGAGAAUGUCAACUAUACGUCCACGCGAUUCGCCCUCAAUCCGGAUCACUUUCCGGCCUACAUGCCGGACAUGAAGUUCAACACGAAAUUGGUCUUUCAGCUGAGCAGGAGUAUGGGUCUGAUCAGGGCCAGUGUGGAUGCCGAGGUGAUGAGACGAUCGUAAGGAGAAAAUAAUUUUGAACAAAGCACGAAAAAUAUGAGGAAAACCAAAUCACAUAAACCAGGGGCAAAUACCUACAUCAAUAUAUUUGUGCGUUUCCAUGACUAACUCGAAUGACUAAUAACUUUGGCAUGGGCUCUAUUCGCCGGUACACAUUCAGAUUAGACUCCUAUCUGGGCCACUUGGCAUUUGGCAUUGGGUAAGGGUGGAAACGUUAUUACUUGUGGAUAAUAAAUGAAUAUCUAUUGAA